AUGAACGCUCCCGGCUCUUCGGCAACUGCGUCGGCUGCAUCGCUAGGUCAGUCCGCGACAGGUGCGGAGGAGGAGAGCUUGCGUCUCCUGCUCGGUCUGACUUCGCUUUCCGUCGACACCUUCACCAGCAUUGUGCACUCGCAGGCGGACACGUCGCUCAACUUUUUCGCUAGGCAUAUCCUCGGCGACGCGACUCGAGUCGCUCGUAUUCUGAAGGGUAACCCCAGCCCAGUUAACGAUCAGCUCGUGCAGACGAUUUCAGAUGAACUCGAAACCCCUCGCGCCAACGGCCUCGAUGACAUCCCCGACACCCUCCCUCUGCUGUGGCCAGUGGUUGCCGAAAAGGUGGGAAGUGUCAAAUCGUUCCUCUGCUCGACUCUCGGCCGAGAGACCACAGACGACGCAAUUCUAGCUCUGAUCUACGGCGAGCCGCUCACCACCCGCACAGCCCAGCUUGAUGCCAUCCGUGCGCAGCAAGGUUGGGCAAACGCUCCUGACGAAGAAAUCAGCGCUGCCUCGAGGCUCGCGCGCCUCGCCCUGUUAACAACUCUUGGUCUUUGUGACCAGACGCACGUUCAAUCAGAGGCUGGGCCGCUCGCAACUCUGGCCAACCUCAUCGACCAACCGAUCUGCGAGCGAAAGCACGUACUUGACAACGAGGCGCCAGGACCCCUGCGCAUGGUCCAUGUCUUCUUCUCCGCCCGUUUCCGCUGCACGGAUUGGGAACAGGGCAAGGGGCAGCCCCCCUUCAACUGCACAGCUCCUUGCGCCCACAACAGAGCAUUGCACGCUUGGUACAAACACGAUGUCGAUCUUGCUCAGAAGCUGUUCGCAGCCGAAUGCAAGAAGAGGGAUCUGACAGAGGAGGAAGGGUGGCGCGUAGUUCGUCUGUCAUACCUCCCCUGGCUUCGCAUCAACGAGCGCGUCGUCGACCCACGCCCCGUUGGCAAGUCUCCAGAAGUCAUCACAAUGGACUUCAUGCUUUCUCUGGUGGCUGCGCUCGGGCGCGCUGGAAGGGGGUUGGGUGAAGCUGAAGCCAUCUGGGAGGAGCUCGUCCAGGUUCUCGACGGAAGCUCGACAUUGACUGUGUUUCAAAUCGACGGAGAGGGCGAGACGGAAAAAACUUUAGAAGACAUCGGUACCAACAGCUGGGCCGAUGAGUUCUCGGACGAGCUUCAAAAGCUCAUCAAAGGCAAAGAAGCGAGCGGCGGUCUAUUAAACCCCGUUGAGGUUGAUGCCUUCUUUCCCCAUCAUUGCCUUAAGACUAUCAUUGACAGAGUCAAUGCUCAUAGCGAGCUUGAAUGUGUACAGUACACUGAGGUGGUUCACCCUACCACUCACUCGGGUUCCUCGAACUACCACUAUUUCAUUUCGUUCAUGACCCCCCCUUCCGCAUCCCGCAGCUCGCCCAGCUCCCAUUCCUAA